CAUGCUCCAGCGCGCUCUGUUAUCUGCGGUGUCCACUGGCCUGUUGCUGAUAUCAUGUGAUCACUGUGACCAAUCAGUGAUCACAUGCAAAGUAGUAAGCAAGAUGUCACUUGUGACAUCAUUGCUUACUACGUGUAUAAUCUGUGAAUGAUCACAGAGGUCACAUGGUACAAGGCUAUUCACAACAGCCUUGUACCAUGUGACAAGCUGUGACCAAUCACAGCUCACUCAGUAGUUCUCAAUGGUUCCAAGAAUGCAGACAGAGAGAAAGAGAAAUGAUUGCUU